AUGCAUGCACUGCACCUGUGGCCCCAGAGGGUUGAACGCUCUGGCUCCACCGCCAUCCUCCUGGCUGUUGAAUGCCUGAAGCCUGGGCAGCAUGCCUGCACGGCAGACGACGCCGGCAAUGUGGGCUUCAAUAACAAGGGGUCGAACAACUUUGGCAACGGCAACAUCGGCAGUGGGAACAUUGCCUCUGGUUAUUUCCUCGGCGACAUAAAUGUCUACAAGGAUACAUACCUGCAGUACACCUGGGUCCCCGCCACAAAGACGAUGACGGUCUACACAAUCACACCGCCAUCGACCUAUGCUUCGGGCCACGUGUCUGUUUGGUAUGUGGACGUGUAUGAUGCCAACAAUGUGCACAUCGGCAAGUCGAACUCGGUGACCCUCACCACGCCCUGA